AUGUCCACCGGCCCACCAGCUCUGAAGUCGACCCAGAUACCGCCAUCCACGCCAUCUGCCCAGAGGCCAGCAGCGUCUCAAAGCACAACGACGUCUCAGGACGCAUCGUCAACACAACCAGAUAAACAGCAGUCUGGGGAAGCAGCCUCUCCCGACGGCCCGCAACAAGACGUCCAAGUGCCGAGGGAUUCUAUUCUACCGCCCCAAAACUCCUCACCAGCAAAUGCCACGCUCCUCUUCCAGGACAUCGCGCCGAGCAGCGCCGAAAUUUCCAGCCAUCCACCAGCAUGUCCGUCUUCUAUGCUUCCGUUGGAGGAUGUACGCCACAUGGAAGGUGACACAGGGAUCGAGAUGAACGAAUCUGAUCUCUUCAGCUACCAUUCUGCCAGAUCCUUCUCUGACUUGGAGUCGUUGCUCGACAACUCCGCCGUCCUCGGGUGGAACGACUUGUUUGGCUCUACGACGAGUUUUCCUAUGCCUGUCAUACAUGAUGAAACAUAUCACGAUUCGCUUGAAGUUUUAGCGAAUGUUGCUAGUCACCCACAUGGAUUCAAUGAUGGAGAUCAGUUUCUACAGCAUACUUACGAAGCCGAACCAUCGCUGAGUGGACAAAGUAUGGGUACUUUCGCAGCAGUCGCAAGCCCACAACCUCCUCCAUAUGCACAAACGGAAUUAGAUGGUGCUGAGGUCCUAGAAGAUGCAAAAGGUCUUCUAAAGCACUUUCGAGAUGUCGUGAUUUCCCAGUUCGCACCGCUGCCGAUGCACUCAAAGUCGCCGUGGGAGAUUCUCAAUUGGAGCAAUGCCGUACAUACUCUCGCCGAUAUAACGUUUCUCCAGAGUUCCAAUCUCAAACACGCAAACUUGGCUAACCUGUUCGCUAUCAUCGGUUGCUCUGCACAUACCAUUACCAAGACACAGAACUAUACUGACGUUCUUUCGCACCAGAGAGGUGCCCAGAUCCUGGAUUAUGCCUCAAGGCAUGCUAAGAGCCAUAUGCAGGAGUCUCUGAAAUCGGAAACAGCUGGUCCGGGAAAAUCCAAGUACAAAGACCAGCUAAUGGCUCUCUUCAGUCUCGUUGCGCUUGCGACACUGAGCGGCAAUUCGGCCGACGCUAGAUGCUACAUUAUCGAUGCGGAGCGCCUGUUGAGAUUACGAGGACUGGCCAAGCGAGAUGUCUCUCGCAAAGCUCGAUUACUACACCACGUGUAUACCUGGCUCCGGAUUGUUGGUGAAAGCACUUUUAUCUUGCAUGACCUCACCAGCGCCGGUUUUCAUGAAAAGGUAGAAAGGAUGAUACAGAAAAGCACGGCAGUUUCUAGCGUUUCGUCAGCCUCGGAGCAGAACGCAAUGUUGGCAGAUGAACAUCCUCAACUCGACGAUUUUCUUCGAGUGGAAACACACGGUCCAGAUAGCGAUGUUCACAUGGGAACAUCAAAAGACCAGGAGGCUGGUCUCCGAGAUAUCCACCUUUCAGAUCCUCGCGAAUGGCCAAAGACACUCUAUAUGGAUAUUUAUGGAAUUCCAGAGGACUGGCUCAGCCUGGUAUCGCAAACGACCAGAGUCGCCAACAUCAUUGACUUUCUAGAGCGAACGACCGAGCAAACGCCGCGGUCCUUCACGGACUCUCUACAAAAGAAGACGACACGACUAGAGCACAUGAUAUGCUCUUUUUCCGCUAAGCACAGCGUUUUUGAGACUUCUGUGCCGUCAGAGAGCAAUAACGAGAUUACACCCAAUCAUUCGAUUUCCAGUCGAGCGAUGUUGAGAGCAAUGGGCUCGGCGUUGGUGAUAUUCUUCUAUCGGAGGAUUCGCAACGUCCAUCCUUUCAUCCUGCAGUCGCAUGUCAACGACGUCAUCACAGCACUACGGGACUUCGAUAUCGCACAAGGUCCCACAAACAUGAUAUCUUUAGGUACGCCAUGGCCAGCUUUCAUCGCUGGAUGUGAAGCGCUGCCAACGUCUUCCCGGGAUUGGUUGAUGGGGUGGAUGGAGAAGGGUGCAAGUCGAUCCGCUUGUAAUGGCUUCACUGCCUCACAAAAGGUCAUGCGAGAGGUAUGGGAGCAACGUGACGUCGCGGGGGCCAUACAAGAUCCUGAGAGCGGCAUCUCCAAUAGAGGCAAAGUUUACUCCUGGGUUGAUGUGUUGCGAGAGGGUAAAUUCUGGCUGAUGCUAUACUAG